UGUUUGGGUGUUCGAGUCUGCACAGCGGACGGCGAGAAUUCGGUCGGAUUUUGCUUGACAACACGGCGUCGUACGGUGCGUUUUGUAUUAAUUUGACUUUAUUCUUUGCCUCGCUCGUAUGAAAUAACCAGAAGACACUGUUGGGUGUGUUGUCAUUGAACUGGCCUGCGGAAAGUCUCAGCGCGAGACUGGGUGAUCUGCCCCAGGUUUAACUGUAGUGCUCAUCUUCCCCGGGUUCCUGUUGUUAUAUCCUUUGGCAAAGACCAAUUCCAAAGCAUAAAGAUGUGAGUUGUGUUCUUGAGAGACUGUCCAGGCACAGCAUGUUUAAGGGGUGAGCUCUGGUCAUGGAGGCCCGAUUUGGGAACGUGGUGUUCAGCUCGCGCUUCGACUCCGGGAACCUCGGGCGAGUAGAGAAAGUGGAAGCUUCCGAGCACGAUGCAGAGAGAAACUCGCUUUCGCACGUCGAGCACGAGUUCAACGUCUGGACUAAACCUGACUGCGCAGAGACCGAGUUUGAGAACGGGAAUCGGUCAUGGUUCUACUUCAGCGUGCGUGGCGUGCUGCCUGGUAAACUGCUGAAGAUUAACGUGAUGAACAUGAACAAGCAGAGCAAGCUGUACUCUCAAGGCAUGGCUCCGUUUGUGCGCACGUUUCCAGUUAAAAUGCGCUGGGAGAGAGUCCGAGACCGACCGACAUUCGAGAUGUCAGAGAAUCAGUUCACGUUGUCCUUUGUGCACCGUGUCCUGGAAGGGAGAGGAGUCAUCACGUACUUCUCUUUCUGCUACCCGUUCUCGUACACCGAGUGCCAGGACAUGCUCCUGCAGCUAGACCAGAGACUUCUUAGCCACUCUCACACAUUGGGGCCAUGCAGUCCGACAGACGGUCUGUAUUAUCACCGAGAGUUGCUGUGUUACUCUCUGGACGGACACCGAGUAGACCUGCUGACUGUGACCUCCUGCCACGGCAUGCUGGAGGAAAGGGAACCCAGACUGGAGAAACUCUUUCCUGACCACAGCACGCCACGACCACACCGCUUUGCUGGCAAACGGGUGUUCUUCAUCAGCAGCAGGGUGCAUCCCGGUGAGACACCGUCCAGCUUCGUGUUCAACGGCUUCUUGAACUUCAUUCUGAAUCAGGAGGAUCCGCGGGCGCAGAUGCUGUGCCGGAUGUUUGUCUUUAAGCUCAUCCCCAUGCUCAAUCCCGAUGGGGUGGUCAGAGGUCACUAUAGGACGGACUCCCGCGGUGUGAAUCUUAACAGACAGUACAUGAACCCGAGCGCUGAGCUGCACCCCUCCAUCUACGGAGCUAAAUCCCUCCUCCUGUACCAUCACCGACACAACCGCCUUAAACCCAGCUCCCCCUCUGCUCUCAAACUCUCCAACCAAUCCAACACCCUGACCUCGCCCCUCGAACUCGAACACUACCUCAACUGCCGCAACGAGGUGGAGCGACUGGAGGGCCCGACCUUCGACCUCUCACAGAUUCCCAUGCAGACGGAGGAGAGCUGGGAGAGCAAAGGCAGAGCGAAGAGCAAGCUCGGGCUAGGCGACGAGAACGAUUCGUUGCCGAGCCGGAGUGACUCGUGCGUCUCUAACCUUGCCCCGACAGAGCACAUCCCGCCCCAGGAAAGCGGAGUGGCCUAUUACAUUGACCUGCAUGGCCACGCCUCAAAAAGAGGAUGCUUCAUGUAUGGGAACAACUUGUCUGAUGAGAAUCAGCAAGUGGAGAACCUGAUGUAUCCGAAGCUAAUCUCGUUGAACUGCGCUCAUUUCGACUUCCUUGGCUGUAAUUUCUCCGAGAAGAACAUGUACGCCCGGGACAAGCGUGAUGGUCAGUCUAAGGAGGGCAGUGGCAGAGUGGCCAUACACAAAGCCAUUGGAUUAGUUCACAGUUACACGCUGGAGUGUAACUAUAACACAGGCCGCUCAGUCAACACCAUUCCUCCCGCCUGCCACGACAACGGCCGAGCCACUCCUCCUCCCCCUCCUGCCUUCCCUCCCAAAUACACACCCGAGGUAUACGAACAGGUCGGCCGUGCAGUCGCUAUAGCAGCGCUGGACAUGGCUGAAUGUAACCCGUGGCCGCGGCUCGUCCUGUCCGAGCACAGCAGCCUGGUGAAUUUACGAGCGUCGCUGCUCAAACACGUGCGCAACAGCAAGGGCUUGGGCUCCAACGGCCGCAAGAACGUAAACAAGGCUCCCAGCCCUCCGAAAUGCACAGGCCUGAGCAGCUCCGUUUCAGAGAAUUCUCUAAGCCGGGGUCGCAGCCACAGCACCCGGAAUGGCGGCGGCGUCUCCGGGAACAAGCAAACGCCCCCACAGCUGAAGAGCUCCCCUAGCUUUACAUUUGGCUGGAGCAACUCUGGCAGCAACCCCAGUUCACACAAAGCCCAUAAAGCCCUGGGGCCAGUCAGAGAGUCGAAGGCUCAGGAGAAGCGGCGCCCGCACCACCUUGGUCACCGCCUCUCGCUCCACUGUCCCAGCAACAGCCAAGCCAUCCCAGCUCGUCCCCCGCUUUCCCCUUCAUCCUCCUCUUCUUCCUCUUCCUCCUCUCCUUCCUCUUCCUCUUUGGGGGCGGGGUCAGCCUCCUGCUCCAUCAAUACGGCAGGUCUGUACUCCCACACCGGCCUGCUGACCAAACUAAGCCCUCUGCACCACACCUGCCUCAGAGACUCUCAGAAAGCACAGCCAGCGCAGCAAGACUAACUGGCUUCUGUCCGUCCGUUUGUUCGUCCGUCCUUCAGUUGGUCUGUCUGUCUGUCUGUUUGUCUGUCUGUCUGCGUAUGUGUGAGAUUUAAAUGAGUUUGAUGUGGUGCUUCUCUUUAAGUAGGAGGUCCUGGGGAUUUUAAUGGUUUUAAAACCAAAUUUUAAACCUUUUUUUUUUUUUUUUUUUUUUUUUUUUAAAUCAUGCAAGUCAUAGGUCUUGGUUUUGUUUUUGUAGCAUCUUCACUUGAAACACAUACUAAAUGCCAAUGACUGAAUGUACUGGGAACACAAAAUGGUGCAUAGUAACUGUAUUUGAGUGGGUGGUGGUGUUUGUGUGUCUGUGUGUGUUUUGACUGUCUGUGCAUAUUAUCUCUUUUCAGAAACGUGUUUCUUGAACAGUAAUGAAUAAUUUCUGAAGUAUGCAUUCUUGCACUUUUCUUCUCUGGUAAUUCUUUUCAAAUUUUUUUUAUUAUUAUUGUUAUUAUUAACUGUCUUACUAUUAUUUUAUUUGCAAUUUAGGUGGCAAUAUAUAGCAAAUGCCAACCAAAACUUUACCACCACUUCUUCUUCAGUUUGCUAACCUUCCUGGCAUUAUGAAGAUAAAAAUAUUGCUGUCGGAUGAUGUUUAUGAGCUGAAAAUAUUAAUACUGCAGCAUAGAGUCAGAUAUAUAGAUCUUCAGUCAUGUCAUUACAAAAAAAAAACGUCCAUCGAUUUCAUUCACUUAGGACAAGAAUAAUGGGUAUUUGAUGUAAGGGUGUAUUUGCACAAGAAGUAAUAAUUCCUAGUAUCAGUAGAGGAAGUAGUUACUCAGAGCUGAAAGUCUUUUCUAUUUCAGUUCACGAAUCAGUGGAAAACGUUUGUGAACAUAUUUGCUGUAUAGUUAUUCUUUUGCAUAGUGCAAUGUUAACGGAGCAAAGGGAUAUUAUUAAGCUUAAGGUUUAAGAAUACAAGUUCUGGAUCAUGUUGGCAAGCCGUGCCGUAGCAAAAAUAAUUCUCAAAAUAUAUGAGGGGAAAGCUUUUUUGUUGUCAUGAUGAUCUUGAGUCACUUUAAUAAAACUUUAGCCAUUCCUCUCAAAAA